GAGCAGCUGAGCUGAGGCGGCGGGCUUUCUCAAUAAUCAUUCAAAAGUUUGCAAGAAUGAACACCGCUACUCGUCGAGCACGAAAUAAACGUCCAAGGCCGAUAGACGUUAUUGAAGAUGAGGAAGAAGGCAACAGCACAGGUAAGCUACUGUACAAAAGCCAUAUAUGUUGCUUGGAACGUGUAUUUGUUUACUUGUUUUGUCCUGCAAAAUACGGUGAUGAACUGAUCACAAACAUCAAUGUAGCUAGUUAGCUAGUUGCACUGUUAUUUAUUGUUUUUAUUCUAUGGAGCACCCCAACCUCAGCUUUUCACAGUGCAAUGUACUUGUACAUAAAUCUUGUGAGAAUAAACAUCUUGAAUCUUGAAGCGUUAGCCUUGCUAUCGCUCAGGUUAGUGGAGCAGGGUUCAAAACCAACGGCACUACAUCGUCCAGGGCUUGCAGGGGCCGAAUUAGAAUUAGGCCGAAUUUUUCAAGAGGUCCCCCGCUAGAUGAUAAUUUUGAACUAAAUGGGACCCUUGUGGGUGUGUAACUCUGAGAGUAUACAAAAGGAACCAAAUGGACCCGGUAGUGUCCAUUAUUUUUACACUCUAAAUUAAUCAACAAUAACUUUAGCCUCUCAAAAAGGGACGUAUCUUUUCAAAUAUGGCUCUGCAGGCUAAUAUGUGUGAGUUUGGAGGUGUUGACAGGAAAACGUUUAAGAACCACUGGCUUAUACUGAUUGAAACCGACCCAUGUUUAGCCCAGGGACCAACAAAUGUGUAUUUGGGACAAAUGUGCCUUAUCCACAAUGAGUUCAUUGAAAAAGGCUUCAAAGCUCCCCAGACCUAUUUGGAAUGAAUUAUUUUAGCCUUCAUAGAGCAUAAUAGUGGGCGGGGUUUGCUGGUUCCACUAAAACGAGCCCCAUUCAUUUUCACCACAGGCUUUUACAAAAAUAUUUAUAACAAUUAUUUUUAACUUAGAACCAAGCCAUCCAGCUUUCCAGUGAAUCAUGACCAUGAAACCUUUGAUUCUAUGAAAAGAAAAAAAGAAACGCUAAACAAAGGAUAUUUAUGAAAUGAAGUAUAUCAAAUAAUUAAAUAUUCAAAUAUUUCUUUUCACAGAACCAAAGGUUUCAUGGUCAUGAUUGACUGGAAUCCUGGAUGGCUUGGUUCUAGGUUUAAAACAACUGUUAUAAAUACUUUCGUAAAAGCCUAUGGUGAAAAUGAAUGGGGCUUAUUUUAGUGGAACCAGUAAACCCUGCCCACUAUUAUGCUCUAUUGGAGUCUCUGUGCCACAGACCAGUAUGGUGGCAAAUAUGGUUUACAGCACUGUUUCCUAGACAGUGGGUCGGGACCCAUUGGUGGGUCAGACAUAUGUGGUGAUCAUGUUCUUUUCCAACAUUUAUCAAUCUAUAUCUUUCCAGAUUUGACGAAAAUAAUACAUUUAAAAAACAAACAAAUCUUAAAAAAGAAAAAACGCAAAUAUUAAAUAUGUAUUAAGAAGCAGUCAAAAUAGCCAAUCUACAAGCUCUCAACAUGGUGUGUACUGAUUGAUGCGAAGGGUUAUGUCACAUUAGGUCCAAUUGAAACAUUCAACUUGUGCUUAUGCCAUUACUCAGCGUUAUAGCUGGCAAACACAACAUUAGUAACAAGCACUUUUGGUUAACUAAUCACCAUUUGUCAUCUCUGUUUCAGGAAACCCUGUGUCCCAGUCGCCCACUGCUGAGCUGGCAGCAAAGAGGAUGCGCACACAGCUAGAGAAGGCCAAGAAUAAUGAAGCUUCUCAAGCUAAAGUGAUUGAGAAGUUAACGAAAGAGAAGGAAGACCUUCUGGCUGAAGUGGCCAAAUGUAAGUACUCCACUUGUAUUCAAUUACAUUAGACAGGACAACGAUCCACUCGUCCUUGACUCUUUGCCCUGUUACACCCCAAACUGUGGAACAAACUCCCAGUUGCACUUAGAACUACAGACUUAAUGGUUAGUUAAUUUUGCAAACUUCAAAUAGGCUAUUUGCAGUUCUGUUCUACUGUAGCCUAGAGUUAUUAGUUUUAAGAACCUUGUUAACCAGUAAAAUCACUCUCAGCCCCACUGCUCCUUUUUGUAGUUUGUGAUGUGAUAUAGGCCUUGCUACAUGCUCAGUGUUUGUGCUGUUGUAUUCCCUAAGAUGCCCCUCUCUGUUGUGUCUAAUGCGUUAUUUGUCUUUGUAUCUAUUGUUUUGCUUUCUUAGAUAAGAAAAAAAGUACCAAGGCAAAUGAAGAAGAGUAUGCAUCCAGUGACUCCCAGAUUUCCACAACCUCCACAUCUUCCUCUUUAUCAUUCUCCUACUCUUCAACCUCAGAGGAGGAGAGAAAGAAGAAAGGGAAGAAGACGAGGAAGAAAGGGAAGACACAGAAACGGCCAAAAAGGAAGAAGGCAAAGUCCAGUAAGGAAAAAGGAAGACGCAGAGGUAACUGUGCUUUGCAAACAUGACCUUUUUGGUGACCACAACACACACACACCUGCGCUCUUUCCUAAUAACUUGUACUUUUGCUUUAUAGUGUCAACUUAUUUUUAAAUAUAAGAUCUUUCAGUCUUUUGUUAGUUUAAAGGGUACAACCGUAUUACGUAUUUUGGUGUCAAAACGCCUGUUGUAUCAAGAAAAACUACAGAAACUAGGGCCCCGGUGGGGCACUGUCGGGCCCGAGCCGCGUCGCGCCGCCCCCAGCGCGACCGCCUCCCCCUCCCGAUCGCGUCACACUCAAGGUCCAAAGAUGGUGUGCGCACUUGUCUGUGGUCAUUUCCCAUUAUAAUGAAUGGGAGGCGCAGUUUCUACCAAAACACUCGCUGCAGACAAACUACAUGUCCUAUUUGAAAAAAGUCUGGACCAUGAGUGAGGGCAGAAACACAGCUAGGAUAUAUCCAAAUGGCAAGUUGCUCCUCCUUACGGUGUUGCUGGGAGAGCGAUGCGAUUGAGCCAUUGACCGAUGGGCAGGGUUAACUUGACUUUUUCUCCUGCCUUGGGGGGGGGAUGUGGAUUCUUUUAAGAAUGUGGAUAUUUGGGUCAUCUUUGGCGCCCCCUAUGGGCGACUUCAGAAUAUCGAAUUUUUCACCAGGCCCGGUCGUCCUGCCAAAUUUCCUGAGUUUUCGCCAGUGGGAAGUGGGCCAUUUUCCAGUUUAAAGCGGAGGAAAAAUAAUAAUAAUAAUGAUAAUAAUAAUAACUAGGACCCCGUUGGGGCACUGGCGGGCCCGAGCCGUGUCGCCCCCCCCCCCCCAACGUGCUGCCUCCCUGUCCCAUUUGUGUCCUCUGGCCAUCGCCCUCUCUGGUAACGCCCAUCACUGCAAAGACCCUUUUCCUUCAUCGGCGUUUGCUGUUCUUCCUGCCAGUGCGUGUUGCUUUCACUUACACUUGCCACAGCCAGCCUCGUGAGUGUCUAGCCUAUUCGAUAUCACUGUCACCUACACAGGACAGUCAUUACCUUUCUAUUAAUACUUUGUGUUUUAAUUUCACAUUAAUUUCCAUAUUGUAUAAACGACUGGAAAAAACUUGAGCCCCUGCCCCUGUAUAAUCAUGUGCAUGUCUCUGUUCUAGCUCCAAGGUGAAUCUUCACUGCUCAUGUUCUCCUCAGAAGCACUCACCUCACUCCCCUCAGGUUACUGUACACAUGCACCAACUGCCUGCUUCAGGUUUGGAUGGAGCUUCAUGGUUGUCUUUUGGAGAAAUGAGCAGUCAAGUUGUGUUUGAAAUUUGAUUUUUUCAGGGGCAAAAGGAGCCUCUGCAUUCUUGUCAAAUAUGUAAAUAGCAUGUUUUUGCAGGUGCUAAAAACCAGACUCUGAGUGUGUGUGUGUGUGUGUGUGUGUGUGUGUGUGCGUGUGUGUGUGUCUGUGUGUGCGUUCAAGUCACAUGACAUAUUUAACCGGAUGUAGCUGCAAGACGGAGCCUCGUUGACUCUCCGUUUCAACUUAUCUCAAAAGUGAGGACCUCAACCUAUAUACCAGUUUUUAAAUUGUGUUGAUAGGCCAAAUAAAACCAGAGUUAUGAUAAAUUAUGUCCGCGAUACUUUUUUUCUGCUUAUUUUGAUCACGUUCGGCGCUCGAUCGCGCUGUAUGAGACAGGAAAACAAAGCAUGCAGACAUUAGCGACAGGUCUUACAGGCGGAAAAGGCUUGCCAAAAGAAAAAAAAAAACACACCACAACAUCUCUCCUAUUGGUGGAAAACUUCACCACAACAACCAAUCCAAAAUUAUAUGGUGACUGAUUGACAAGGGGCGGGCGCUUACGUUCUUCCUGCAACAUGAGAAGGGAGGGAGGGACUCUCAGCAGGGAUGCAGUCUGGGACACGUAGUUGCAAACCUAGCGACUUUGUUGUUAGAUUCAAUGACUUUUCAGACCCCCUAACGACUUUUUUUUAGAAAGAAAGGGACUUUUAUCGACUUCUUCUGGAGUUUAGAGACUCUGACAUGAAGCAGGCUUUCCUUACUGAGGAGUUAGCAACGCUGCUAAGGGUGCAGAGCCACACAUGCGCUCAGAGCUCUGCAUGGGAGACUGAAGCUGACAGAGCUGCAGCAGUUAGCAGGUUUCACCCUCAGAGACCACCAGGGGUUCAUGUUGAGGCAUUUUAAUUUUUUUUUUUUUUGUGCCAUAGACACUGUCAGCACAAUCUGCAGUUACACUAACAAAAAUGCUGCAAAAAACAAAGAAUUAUGGAAAAAUUACACAUGGACUGACAUAGAGGAGGAUCUACACAAGUUUUUUACAUCAUGUUUUACAUCAUGCAUCAUUUACAUCAUGUUUUUUUGUAGUGGCAUAAAUAAAAAGUGACAUUUGUGAGACUAUACAGUGUUUUGUAAAUAAUUUUACAAAGAACGCCUGGGCCAUUGCCUGCAUUUUGAUGUAAAUAGAGGUAAAUCACUAUGUUCUUUGUUAAAAAUUUGCAUAUGUUUUGAAGUUUACAAUUUUUAUUUGAAGUUUAAGUUUUAAAAACAGUUCAUCACACAUAUUUGUGGUUUUCACAGUAAAAAUGUUACUUUUUUCCACUCGGAUUUUAUGUUUUGUGUGUGAAUUUGGGUCCAUUGUGUAAAUUCAGUAUGUCAACAUGAUAAAAUAACUGUAAAUUCGCACAGGUGAGGUUGUGCUGAAAAAAAUGAUACCAGGCAAGGCACGUGAUUGUCAAAUUUUGUGUCAAUAUGACAAAGCGUAUAGGCGUGAAUCUCAACAAUAUGUAUUUUCACCUUAGGGGACAAGAAAAAAUGGACUUUUUUCUCCUGCCAUGGGGGGCGCUCUUUUGGGGAGUAAAAAUUCCUUCACAAAUGUGUUGAUGGCUGGACAUUGCAUCAUCCUAGAAAACUUGGAGGCCAGUGAGGACAAAAAUAAAAAGUUAUAAGACUUUUAAAUAUGUGGAUUUUAGGGUUAUCUUUGGCGCCCCCUAGAACCUAAACCGUGGGGUGCAGCGUCAUGAUUUGAAUAACUUUUAAUGGCCAUGGGGUGUAGAUUGGCCUGAGCAAAUGUGGUGCCGGUGGAACGAAAGCCUUAGGAGGAGUUAGCCACAUUCCAAUGUGUGCGGAUCGGCAAAAAAUGCGGAAUAACCCUUUAACCGUACAUUUGACAGAUACGCGCGCAUUGACUUUUUCGUAGAUCUUAUUGAGUUACAUGUGUGUGUCAAUUUUUGUGUCAUUUUGACAAAGCGUAUAGGCGUGACACUCAACAGUGUGUAUUUUCACCUUAGGGGACAAGAAAAAAUGGACUUUUUUCUCCUGCCAUGGGGGGGCGCUCUUUUGGGGAGUAAAAAUUCCUUCACAAAUGUGUUGAUGGCUGGACAUUGCAUCAUCCUAGAAAACUUGGAGGCCAGUGAGGACAAAAAUAAAAAGUUAUAAGACUUUUAAAUAUGUGGAUUUUAGUGUUAUCUUUGGCGCCCCCUAGAACCUAAACCUUGGGGUGCAGCGUCAUGAUUUUGAUAACUUUUAAUGGCCACGGGGUGUAGAUUGGCCUGAGCAAAUGUGGUGCCGGUGGAACGAAAGCCUUCGGAGGAGUUAGCGAAAUUCCAAUGUGUGCGGAUCGGCAAAAAAUGCGAAAUAACCCUUUAACCGUAAUUUUGACAGAUACGGCCGCACUGACUUUUUUGUAGAUCUUAUUGAGAUACAUAUGUGUGUCAAUUUUUGUGUCAAUAUGACAAAGCGUACAGGCGUGACAGUCAAUAGUGUGAAUUUCCACCUUAGGGGGCGCUAUGGAGCCAUUUUGCAUUUUAUUGUUUGGGCGACUUCAGAAUAUCGAAUUUUUCACCAGGCCCGGUCGUCCUGCCAAAUUUCAUGAGUUUUCGCCAGUGGGAAGUGGGCCAUUUUCCAGUUCAAAGGGGAGGAAAAAGAAGAACUAGGGCCCCGUUGGGGCACUGGCGGGCCCGAGCCGUGUCGCGCCGCUCCCAGCGCGACCACCUACCCCUCCCGAUCGCGUCACACUAAAGGUCCAAAGAUGGUGUGCGCACUUGUCUGUGGUCAUUUACCAUUAUAAUGAAUGGGAGGCGCAGUUUCUACCAAAACGCUCGCUGCAGACAAACUCCAUGUCCUUUUUGAAAAAAGUCUGGACCAUGAGUGAGGGCACAAACACAGCUAGUAUAUACCCAAAUGGCAAGGUGCUCCUCCUUUCGGUUUUGCCGAGAGAGCGAUGAAUUUGAGCCAUUGAGCGAUGGGCAGGAAAAACUUGACUUUUUCUCCUGCCAUGGGGGGGGCGCUCUUUUGGGGGAAAAAAAUUCCUUCACAAAUGUGUUGAUGACUGAACAUUGCAUCAUCCUAGAAAACUUGGAGGCCAGUGAGGACAAAAAUAAAGUUAUAAGACUUUUAAAAAUGUGGAUAUUUGGGUCAUCUUUGGCGCCCCCUAGAACGUAAACCGUGGGAUGCAGCGUCAUGAUUUGUACAACUUUGAAUGGCCAUGGGGUGUAGAUUGGCCUGAGCAAAUUUGGUGUCAGUGGAACGAAAGCCUUAGGAGGAGUUAGCCACAUUCCAAUGUGUGCGAAUCGGCAAAAAAUGCGAAAUAGCCCUUUAACUGUACAUUUUACAGAUACGCGCACAUUGACUUUUUCGUAGAUCUUAUUGAGAUACACGUGAUUGUCAAAUUUUGUGUCAAUAUGACAAAGCGUACAGGCGUGACACUCAACAAUGUGUAUAUUCGCCUUAGGGGACAAGAAAAAAUGGACUUUUUUCUCCUGCCAUGGGGGGGGCGCUCUUUUGGCGAGUAAAAAUUCCUUCACAAAUGUGUUAAUUGCUGGACAUUGCAUCAUCCUAGAGAACUUGGAGGCCAGUGAGGACAAAAAUAAAAAGUUAUAAGACUUUGAAAUAUGUGGAUUUUAGGGUUAUCUUUGGCGCCCCCUAGAACGUAAACCGUGGGGUGCAGCGUCAUGAUUUGACUAACUUUUAAUGGCCAUGGGGUGUAGAUUGGCCUGAGCAAAUGUGGUGCCGGUGGAACGAAAGCCUUCGGAGGAGUUAGCGAAAUUCCAAUGUGUGCGGAUCGGCAAAAAAUGCGAAAUAACCCUUUAACCGUACAUUUGACAGACACGCCCGCGCUGACUUUUUUGUAGAUCUUAUUGAGAUACAUGUGUGUGUCAAUUUUUGUGUCAAAAUGACAAAGCGUACAGGCGUGACAGUCAAUAGUGUGAAUUUUCACCUUAGGGGGCGCUAUGGAGCCAUUUUGCAUUUUAUUGUUUGGGUGACUUCAGAAUAUCGAAUUUUUCACCAGACCCGGUCGUCCUGUCAAAUUUCAUGAGUUUUCGCCAGUGGGAAGUGGGCCAUUUUCCCCUUCAAAGGGGAGGAAAAAUAAGAAGAAAGAAAGAAAGAAAGAAAGAAGAAAGAAAAACUCAUCAGGAACAACAGGGCUCUCGCAGCUGCUUAGCAGCUACGCUCGGGCCCUAACUAGGGCCCCGUUGGGGCACUGGCGGGCCCGAGCCGUGUCGCGCCACCCCCAGCGCGACCACCUACCCCUCCCGAUCGCGUCACACUCAAGGUCCAAAGAUGGUGUGCGCACUUGUCUGUGGUCAUUUACCAUUAUAAUGAAUGGGAGGCGCAGUUUCUACCAAAACGCUCGCUGCAGACAAACUCCAUGUCCUUUUUGAAAAAAGUCUGGACCAUGAGUGAGGGCACAAACACAGCUAGUAUAUAUCCAAAUGGCAAGUUGCUCCUCCUUUCGGUUUUGCCGGAGAGCGAUGCGAUUGAGCCAUUGAGCGAUGGGCAGGAAAAACUUGACUUUUUCUCCUGCCAUGGGGGGGCGCUCUUUGGCGAGUAAAAUCCUUCACAAAUGUGUUGAUGGGGAUGUGAGACUUCAGUGAGGACAAAAAUUUAUAAGAAUGUGGAUUUUUGGGUCAUCUUUGGCGCCCCCUAGAACGUAAACCGUGGGGUGCAGCGUCAUGAUUUUUACAACUUUGAAUGGCCAUGGGGUGUAGAUUGGCCUGAGCAAAUUUGGUGUCAGUGGGAACGAAAGCCUUCGGAGGAGUUAGCCACAUUCCAAUGUGUGCGGAUCGGCAAAAAAUGCAAAAUAGCCCUUUAACCGUACAUUUGACAGAUACGCCGCAUUGACUUUUUUGUAGAUCUUAUUGAGAUACAUGUGUGUGUCAAAUUUUGUGUCAUUUUGACAAAGCGUAAAGGCGUGACAGUCAACAAUGUGUAUUUUCGCCUUAGGAGACAAGAAAAAAUGGACUUUUUCUCCUGCCAUGGGGGGGCGCUCUUUUGGCGAGUAAAAAUUCCUUCACAAAUGUGUUGAUGGCUGGACAUUGCAUCAUCCUAGAGAACUUGGAGGCCAGUGAGGACAAAAAUAAAAAGUUAUAAGACUUUUAAGACUGUGGAUAUUUGGGUUAUCUUUGGCGCCCCCUAGAACGUAAACCGUGGGGUGCAGCAUCAUGAUUUGUACAACUUUUAAUGGCCAUGGGGUGUAGAUUGGCCUGAGCAAAUGUGGUGCCGGUGGAACGAAAGCCUUCGGAGGAGUUAGCCAAAUUCCAAUGUGUGCGGAUCGGCAAAAAAUGCGAAAUAACCCUUUAACCGUACAUUUGACAGAUACGCCCGCACUGACUUUUUUGUAGAUCUUAUUGAGAUACAUGUGUAUGUCAAUUUUUGUGUCAAUAUGACAAAGCGUAAAGGCGUGACAGUCAAUAGUGUGAAUUUUCGCCUUAGGAGACAAGAAAAAAUGGACUUUUUUCUCCUGCCAUGGGGGGCGCUCUUUUGGCGAGUAAAAAUUCCUUCACAAAUGUGUUGAUGGCUGGACAUUGCAUCAUCCUAGAGAACUUGGAGGCCAGUGAGGACAAAAAUAAAAAGUUAUAAGACUUUUAAGACUGUGGAUUUUUGGGUUAUCUUUGGCGCCCCCUAGAACGUAAACCGUGGGGUGCAGCGUCAUGAUUUGUACAACUUUUAAUGGCCAUGGGGUGUAGAUUGGCCUGAGCAAAUGUGGUGCCGGUGGAACGAAAGCCUUUGGAGGAGUUAGCGAAAUUCCAAUGUGUGCGGAUCGGCAAAAAAAGCGAAAUAGCCCUUUAACCGUACAUUUGACAGAUACGCCCGCACUGACUUUUUCGUAGAUCUUAUUGAGAUACAUGUGUGUGUCAAAUUUUGUGUCAUUUUGACAAAGCGUAAAGGCGUGACAGUCAACAAUGUGUAUUUUCGCCUUAGGAGACAAGAAAAAAUGGACUUUUUUCUCCUGCCAUGGGGGGCGCUCUUUUGGCGAGUAAAAAUUCCUUCACAAAUGUGUUGAUGGCUGGACAUUGCAUCAUCCUAGAGAACUUGGAGGCCAGUGAGGACAAAAAUAAAAAGUUAUAAGACUUUUAAGACUGUGGAUUUUUGGGUUAUCUUUGGCGCCCCCUAGAACGUAAACCGUGGGGUGCAGCGUCAUGAUUUGUACAACUUUUAAUGGCCAUGGGGUGUAGAUUGGCCUGAGCAAAUGUGGUGCCGGUGGAACGAAAGCCUUUGGAGGAGUUAGCGAAAUUCCAAUGUGUGCGGAUCGGCAAAAAAUGCGAAAUAACCCUUUAACCGUACAUUUGACAGAUACGCCCGCACUGACUUUUUUGUAGAUCUUAUUGAGAUACAUGUGUAUGUCAAUUUUUGUGUCAAUAUGACAAAGCGUACAGGCGUGACAGUCAAUAGUGUGAAUUUUCACCUUAGGGGGCGCUAUGGAGCCAUUUUGCAUUUUCUUGUUUGGGCGACUUCAGAAUAUCGAAUUUUUCACCAGGCCCGGUCGUCCUGCCAAAUUUCAUGAGUUUUCGCCAGUGGGAAGUGGGCCAUUUUCCAGUUUAAAGCGGAGGAAAAAUAAUAAUAACUAGGGCCCCGGUGGGGCACUGGCGGGCCCGAGCCGUGUCGCGCCGCCCCCAGCGCGACCGCCUACCCCUCCCGAUCGCGUCACACUCAAGGUUCAAAGAUGGUGUGCGCACUUGUCUGUGGUCAUUUACCAUUAUAAUGAAUGGGAGGCGCAGUUUCUACCAAAAUGCUCGCUGCAGACAAACUCCAUGUCCUUUUUGAAAAAAGUCUGGACCAUGAGUGAGGGCACAAACACAGCUAAGAUAUAUCCAAAUGGCAAGUUGCUCCUCCUUUCGGUUUUGCUGAGAGAGCGAUGCGUUUGAGCCAUUGAGCGAUGGGCAGGAAAAACUUGACUUUUUCUCCGGCCAUGGGGGGGCGCUCUUUUGGGGAGAAAAAUUCCUUCACAAAUGUGUUGAUGGCUGGACAUUGCAUCAUCCUAGAAAACUUGGAGGCCAGUGAGGACAAAAAUAAAAAGUUAUAAGACUUUUAAAUAUGUGGAUAUUUGGGUCCUCUUUGGCGCCCCCUAGAACGUAAACCGUGGGGUGCAGCGUCAUGAUUUUUACAACUUUGAAUGGCCAUGGGGUGUAGAUUGGCCUGAGAAAAUUUGGUGUCAGUGGAACGAAAGCCUUAGGAGGAGUUAGCCACAUUCCAAUGUGUGCGAAUCGGCAAAAAAUGCGAAAUAGCCCUUUAAACGUACAUUUUACAGAUACGCGCGCAUUGACUUUUUCGUAGAUCUUAUUGAGAUACACGUGAUUGUCAAAUUUUGUGUCAAUAUGACAAAGCGUAUAGGCGUGACACUCAACAAUGUGUAUUUUCGCCUUAGGGGACAAGAAAAAAUGGACUUUUUUCUCCUGCCAUGGGGGGGCGCUCUUUUGGCGAGUAAAAAUUCCUUCACAAAUGUGUUGAUGGCUGGACAUUGCAUCAUCCUAGAGAACUUGGAGGCCAGUGAGGACAAAAAUAAAAAGUUAUAAGACUUUUAAGACUGUGGAUUUUUGGGUUAUCUUUGGCGCCCCCUAGAACCUAAACCGUGGGGUGCAGCGGCAUGAUUUGUACAACUUUUAAUGGCCAUGGGGUGUAGAUUGGCCUGAGCAAAUGUGGUGCCGGUGGAACGAAAGCCUUCGGAGGAGUUAGCGAAAUUCCAAUGUGUGCGGAUCGGCAAAAAAUGCGAAAUAACCCUUUAACCGUACAUUUGACAGAUACGCCCGCGCUGACUUUUUUGUAGAUCUUAUUGAGAUACAUGUGUGUGUCAAUUUUUGUGUCAAUAUGACAAAGCGUACAGGCGUGACAGUCAAUAGUGUGAAUUUUCACCUUAGGGGGCGCUAUGGAGCCAUUUUGCAUUUUAUUGUUUGGGCGACUUCAGAAUAUCGAAUUUUUCACCAGGCCCGGUCGUCCUGCCAAAUUUCAUGAGUUUUCGCCAGUGGGAAGUGGGCCAUUUUUCCCUUCAAAGGGGAGGAAAAAUAAGAAGAAAGAAAGAAAGAAAGAAAGAAAGAAGAAAGAAAAACUCAUCAGGAAUAAUAGGGCUCUACGCCCGGCUGCUCUGCAGCUGGCUCGGGCCCUAAUAACACUAGGGCCCCGUUGGGGCACUGGCGGGCCCGAGCUGUGUCACGCCGCCCCCAACACGACCGCCUCUCCCUCCCGAUCGCGUCACACUCAAGGUUCAACGAUGGUGUGCGCACUUGUCUGUGGUCAUUUACCAUUAUAAUGAAUGGGAGGCGCAGUUUCUACCAAAACACUUGCUGCAGACAAACUACAUGUCCUAUUUGAAAAAAGUCUGGACCAUGAGUGAGGGCACAAACACAGCUAGGAUAUAUCCAAAUGGCAAGUUCCUCCUCCUUUCGUUUUUUUCCGAGAGAGCGAUGUGUUUGAGCCAUUGAGCGAUGGGCAGGAAAAACUUGACUUUUUCUCCUGCCAUGGGGGGGCACUCUUUUGGGGAGUAAAAAUUCCUUCACAAAUGUGUUGAUGGCUAGACAUUGCAUCAUCCUAGAAAACUUUGAAGCCAGUGAGGACAAAAAUGAAAAGUUAUAAGACUUUUAAGAAUGUGGAUUUUUGGGUUAUCUUUGGCGCCCCCUAGAACGUAAACCGUGGGGUGCAGCAUCAUUAUUUGUACAACUUUUAAUGGCCAUGGGGUGUAGAUUGGCCUGAGCAAAUUUGGUGUCGGUGGAAAGAAAGCUCUAGGAGGAGUUAGCCACAUUCCAAUGUGUGCGAAUCAACCAAAAAUGCGAAAUAGCCCUUUAACCGUACAUUUUGCAGACACGUGCGCAUUGACUUUUUCGUAGAUCUUAUUGAGAUACACGUGAUUAUAAAAUUUUGUUUCAAUAUGACAAAGCGUACAGGCGUGACACUCAACAAUGUGUAUUUUCACCUUAUAGGACAAGAAAAAAUGGCCUUUUUUCUCCUGCCAUGGGGGGGCGCUCUUUUGGGGAGUAAAAAUUCCUUCACAAAUGUGUUGAUGGCUGGACAUUGCAUCAUCCUAGAAAACUUGGAGGCCAGUGAGGACAGAAAUAAAAAGUUAUAAGACUUGUAAGAAUGUGGAUUUUUGGGUUAUCUUUGGCGCCCCCUACAACGUAAACCGUGGGGUGCAGCGUCAUGAUUUGUACAACUUUCGAUGGCCAUGGGGUGUAGAUUGGCCUGAGCAAAUUUGGUGCCGGUGGAACGAAAGCCUUCGGAGGAGUUAGCGAAAUUCCAAUGUGUGCGGAUCGGCAAAAAAUGCGAAAUAGCCCUUUAAACGUACAUUUGACAGAUACGCCCGCACUGACUUUUUUGUAGAUCUUAUUGAGAUACACGUGUGUGUCAAAUUUUGUGUCAUUUUGACAAAGCGUACAGGCGUGACACUCAAUCAUGUGAAUUUUUCACCUUAGGGGGCGCUAUGGAGCCAUUUUGCAUUUGAUUGUUUGGGUGACUUCAGAAUAUCGAAUUUUUCACCAGGCCCGGUCGUCCUGCCAAAUUUCAUGAGUUUUCACCAUUGGGAAGUGGGCCAUUUUCCAGUUCAAAGGGGCAGAAAAAUAACUAGGGCCCCGGUGGGGCACUGGCGGGCCCGAGCCGUGUCGCGCCGCCCCCAGCGCGACCGCCUCCCCCACCCAAUCGCGUCACACUCAAGGUCCAAAGAUGGUGUGCGCACUUGUCUGUGGUCAUUUACCAUUAUAAUGAAUGGGAGGCGCAGUUUCUACCAAAACGCUCGCUGCAGAAAAACUCCAUGUCCUAUUUGAAAAAAGUCUGGACCAUGAGUGAGGGCACAAACACAGCUAAGAUAUAUCCAAAUGGCAAGUUGCUCCUCCUUUCGCUUUUGCCGAGAGAGCGAUGCGUUUGAGCCAUUGAACGAUGAAAAGGAAAAACUUGACUUUAUUCUCCUGCCAUGGGGGGGCGCUCUUUUAACGAGAAAAAACUCCUUCACAAAUGUGUUGAUGGCUGGACAUUGCAUCAUCCUAGAAAACAUGGAGGCCAGUGAGGACAAAAAUAAAAUGUUAUAACACUUUUAAGAAUAUGGAUAUUUGGGUCAUCUUUGGCGCCCCCUAGAACUUAAACCGUGGGGUGCAGCGUCAUGAUUUUUACAACUUUGAAUGGCCAUGGGGUGUAGAUUGGCCUGAGCAAAUUUGGUGCCGGUGGAGCGAAAGCCUUCGGAGGAGUUAGCUACAUUCCAAUGUGUGCGAAUCGGCAAAAAAUGCGAAAUAGCCCUUUAACCGUACAUUUGACAGAUACGCCUGCAUUUACUUUUUCGUAGAUCUUAUUGAGAUACACAUGUGUGUUGAAUUUUGUGUCAUUUUGACAAAGCGUACAGGCAUGACACUCAACAAUGUGUAUUUUCACCUUAGGGGACAAGAAAAAAUGGACUUUUUUCUCCUGCCAUGGGGGGGCGCUCUUUUGGGGAGUAAACAUUCCUUCACAAAUGUGUUGAUGGCUGGACAUUGCAUCAUCCUAGAAAACUUGGAGGCCAGUGAGGACAAAAAUAAAAAGUUAUAAGACUUUUAAAAAUGUGGAUAUUUGGGUCCUCUUUGGCGCCCCCUAGAACAUAGACCGUGGGAUGCAGCGUCAUGAUUUUUACAACUUUGAAUGGCCAUGGAGUGUAGAUUGGCCUGAGCAAAUUUGGUGUCAGUGGGACGAAAGCCUUAGGAGGAGUUAGCCACAUUCCAAUGUGUGCGAAACGGCAAAAAAUGCGAAAUAGCCCUUUAACCGUACAUUUUACUGAUACGCGCGCAUUGACUCUUUUCGUAGAUCUUAUUGAGAUACACGUGAUUGUCAAAUUUUGUGUCAAUAUGACGAAGCGUACAGGCGUGACAUUCAACAAUGUGUAUUUUCGCCUUAGGGGACUAGAAAAAAUGGACUUUUUUCUCCUGCCAUGGGGGGGCGCUCUUUUGGCGAGUAAAAAUUCCUUCACAAAUGUGUUGAUGGCUGGACAUUGCAUCAUCCUAGAAAACUUGGAGGCCAGUGAGGACAAAAAUAAAAAGUUAUAAGACUUUUAAGAAUGUGGAUUUUUGGGUUAUAUUUGGCGCCCCCUAGAACGUAAACCGUGGGGUGCAGCAUCAUGUUUUGUACAACUUUUAAUGGCCAUGGGGUGUAGAUUGGCCUGAGCAAAUUUGGUGCCGGUGGAACGAAAGCCUUCGGAGGAGUUAGCGAAAUUCCAAUGUGUGCGGAUCGGCAAAAAAUGCGAAAUAGCCCUUUAACCGUACAUUUGACAGAUACGCCCGCACUGACUUUUUUGUAGAUCUUAUCGAGAUACACAUGUGUGUCAAAUUUUGUGUCAUUUUGACAAAGCGUACAGGCGUCAGGUGAGUUUUCACCAUAGGGGGCGCUAUGGAGCCAUUUUUCAUUUUUUUGUUUGGGCGACUUCAGAAUAUCAAAUUUUUCACCAGGCCCGGUCGUCCUGCCAAAUUUCCUGAGUUUUCGCCAGUGGGAAGUGGGCCAUUUUCCAGUUUAAAGCGGAGGAAAAAUAACGAAAGAAGAAUCCAUCAGGAACAAGAGGGCUCUCGCAGCUGCUUAGCAGCUACGCUCGGGCCCUAACUAGGGCCCUGUUGGGGCACUGGCGGGCCCGAGCUGUGUCGCGCCCCCCCCCCCCCCCCCCACCGCGCUGCCUCCCCGUCCCAUUCGCGUCCUCUGGCCAUCGUCCUCUCUGGUAACGCCCAUCACUGCAAAGACCCUUUUCCUUCAUCGGCGUUUGCUGUUCUUCCUGCCAGUGCGUGUGGCUUUCACUUGCACUUGCCACAGCCAGCCUCGUGAGUGCCUAGCCUAUUGGAUAUCACUGUCACCUACACAGGACAGUCAUUACCUUUCUAUUAAUACUUUGUUUUUUAAUUUCACAUUAAUUUCCAUAUUGUCUAAACGACUGGAAAAAACUUGAGCCCCUGCCCCUGUAUAAUCAUGUGCACGUCCCUGUUCUAGCUCCAAGGUGAAUCUUCACUGCUCAUGUUCUCCUCAGAAGCAGUCACCUCACUCCCCUCAGGUUACUGUACACAUGCACCAACUGCCUGCUUCAGGUUUGGAUGGAGCUUCAUGGUUGUCUUUUGGAGAAAUGAGCAGUCAAGUUGUGUUUGAAAUUUCAUUUUUUUCAGGGGCAAAAGGAAGUCUCUGCAUUGUUGUCAAAUAUGUAAAUAGCAUGUUUUUGCAGGUGCUGAAAAACAGACUCUGAGUGUGUGUGUGUGUGUGUGUGUGUGUGUGUGUGUGUGUGUGUGUGUGUGUGUGCGCGUGUGUGUGUGUGUCUGUGUGUGUGUGUGUCUGUGUGUGUGUAUCCUGCAGUACUCUGUACUCCUGCAGUGGCCAAAACGACUUUUAAGAAUGUGGAAAUUUGGGUCAUCUUUGGUGCCCCCUAGAACUUAAACCAUGGGGUGCAGCGGCAUGAUUUUUACAACUUUGAAUGGCCAUGGGGUGUAGAUUGGCCUGAGCAAAUUUGGUGUCAGUGGGACGAAAGCCUUAGGAGGAGUUAGCCACAUUCCAAUGUGUGCGAAUCGGCAAAAAAUGCGAAAUAGCCCUUUAACCGUACAUUUGACAGAUACGCCUGCAUUUACUUUUUCGUAGAUCUUAUUGAGAUACACAUGUGUGUUGAAUUUUGUGUCAUUUUGACAAAGCGUACAGGCAUGACACUCAACAAUGUGUAUUUUCACCUUAGGGGACAAGAAAAAAUGGACUUUUUUCUCCUGCCAUGGGGGGGCGCUCUUUUGGGGAGUAAACAUUCCUUCACAAAUGUGUUGAUGGCUGGACAUUGCAUCAUCCUAGAAAACUUGGAGGCCAGUGAGGACAAAAAUAAAAAGUUAUAAGACUUUUAAAAAUGUGGAUAUUUGGGUCCUCUUUGGCGCCCCCUAGAACAUAGACCGUGGGAUGCAGCGUCAUGAUUUUUACAACUUUGAAUGGCCAUGGAGUGUAGAUUGGCCUGAGCAAAUUUGGUGUCAGUGGGACGAAAGCCUUAGGAGGAGUUAGCCACAUUCCAAUGUGUGCGAAACGGCAAAAAAUGCGAAAUAGCCCUUUAACCGUACAUUUUACUGAUACGCGCGCAUUGACUCUUUCGUAGAUCUUAUUGAGAUACACGUGAUUGUCAAAUUUUGUGUCAAUAUGACGAAGCGUACAGGCGUGACAUUCAACAAUGUGUAUUUUCGCCUUAGGGGACUAGAAAAAAUGGACUUUUUUCUCCUGCCAUGGGGGGGCGCUCUUUUGGCGAGUAAAAAUUCCUUCACAAAUGUGUUGAUGGCUGGACAUUGCAUCAUCCUAGAAAACUUGGAGGCCAGUGAGGACAAAAAUAAAAAGUUAUAAGACUUUUAAGAAUGUGGAUUUUUGGGUUAUUUUUGGCGCCCCCUAGAACGUAAACCGUGGGGUGCAGCAUCAUGUUUUGUACAACUUUUAAUGGCCAUGGGGUGUAGAUUGGCCUGAGCAAAUUUGGUGCCGGUGGAACGAAAGCCUUCGGAGGAGUUAGCGAAAUUCCAAUGUGUGCGGAUCGGCAAAAAAUGCGAAAUAGCCCUUUAACCGUACAUUUGACAGAUACGCCCGCACUGACUUUUUUGUAGAUCUUAUCGAGAUACACAUGUGUGUCAAAUUUUGUGUCAUUUUGACAAAGCGUACAGGCGUCAGGUGAGUUUUCACCAUAGGGGGCGCUAUGGAGCCAUUUUUCAUUUUUUUGUUUGGGCGACUUCAGAAUAUCAAAUUUUUCACCAGGCCCGGUCGUCCUGCCAAAUUUCCUGAGUUUUCGCCAGUGGGAAGUGGGCCAUUUUCCAGUUUAAAGCGGAGGAAAAAUAACGAAAGAAGAAUCCAUCAGGAACAAGAGGGCUCUCGCAGCUGCUUAGCAGCUACGCUCGGGCCCUAACUAGGGCCCUGUUGGGGCACUGGCGGGCCCGAGCUGUGUGCGCCCCCCCCCCCCCCCACCGCGCUGCCUCCCCGUCCCAUUCGCGUCCUCUGGCCAUCGUCCUCUCUGGUAACGCCCAUCACUGCAAAGACCCUUUUCCUUCAUCGGCGUUUGCUGUUCUUCCUGCCAGUGCGUGUGGCUUUCACUUGCACUUGCCACAGCCAGCCUCGUGAGUGCCUAGCCUAUUGGAUAUCACUGUCACCUACACAGGACAGUCAUUACCUUUCUAUUAAUACUUUGUUUUUUAAUUUCACAUUAAUUUCCAUAUUGUCUAAACGACUGGAAAAAACUUGAGCCCCUGCCCCUGUAUAAUCAUGUGCACGUCCCUGUUCUAGCUCCAAGGUGAAUCUUCACUGCUCAUGUUCUCCUCAGAAGCAGUCACCUCACUCCCCUCAGGUUACUGUACACAUGCACCAACUGCCUGCUUCAGGUUUGGAUGGAGCUUCAUGGUUGUCUUUUGGAGAAAUGAGCAGUCAAGUUGUGUUUGAAAUUUCAUUUUUUUCAGGGGCAAAAGGAAGUCUCUGCAUUGUUGUCAAAUAUGUAAAUAGCAUGUUUUUGCAGGUGCUGAAAAACAGACUCUGAGUGUGUGUGUGUGUGUGUGUGUGUGUGUGUGUGUGUGUGUGUGUGUGCGCGUGUGUGUGUGUGUCUGUGUGUGUGUGUGUCUGUGUGUGUGUAUCCUGCAGUACUCUGUACUCCUGCAGUGGCCAAAACGACUUUUAAGAAUGUGGAUAUUUGGGUCAUCUUUGGUGCCCCCUAGAACGUAAACCAUGGGGUGCAGCGGCAUGAUUUUUACAACUUUGAAUGGCCAUGGGGUGUAGAUUGGCCUGAGCAAAUUUGGUGUCAGUGGGACGAAAGCCUUAGGAGGAGUUAGCCACAUUCCAAUGUGUGCGAAUCGGCAAAAAAUGCAAAAUAGCCGUUUAGCCGUACAUUUUACAGAUACGCGCGCAUUGACUUUUUCGUAGACCUUAUUGAGAUACACGUGUGUGUCAAAUUUUUUGUCAAUAUGACAAAGCGUACAGGCGUGAAUCUCAACAAUGUGUAUUUUCACCUUAGGGGACAAGAAAAAAUUGACUUUUUUGUCCUGCCAUGGGGGGGCGCUCUUUUGGGGAGUAAAAAUUCCUUCACAAAUGUGUUGAUGGCUGGACAUUGCAUCAUCCUAGAAAACUUGGAGGCCAGUGGGGACAAAAAUAAAAAGUUAUAAAACUUUUAAGAAUGUGGAUUUUUGGGUUAUUUUUGGCGCCCCCUAGAACCUAAACCAUGGGGUGCAGCAUCAUGAUUUGUACAACUUUGAAUGGCCAUGGAGUGUAGAUUGGCCUGAGCAAAUGUGGUGCCGGUGGAACGAAAGCCUUCGGAGGAGUUAGCGAAAUUCCAAUGUGUGCGGAUCGGCAAAAAAUGCGAAAUAACCCUUUAACCGUACAUUUGACAGAUACGCCCGCACUGACUUUUUUGUAGAUCUUAUUGAGAUACAUGUGUGUGUCGAUUUUUGUGUCAAUAUGACAAAGCGUACAGGCGUGACAGUCAAUAGUGUGAAUUUUCACCUUAGGGGGCGCUAUGGAGCCAUUUUGCAUUUUAUUGUUUGGGUGACUUCAGAAUAUCGAAUUUUUCACCAGGCCCGGUCGUCCUGCCAAAUUUCAUGAGUUUUCGCCAGUGGGAAGUGGGCCAUUUUCCAGUUUAAAGCGGAGGAAAAAUAAUAACUAGGACCCCGUUGGGGCACUGGCGGGCCCGAGCUGUGUCGCGUCCCCCCCCCAACGCGCUGCCUCCCCGUCCCAUUUGUGUCCUCUGGCCAUCGUCCUCUCUGGUAACGCCCAUCACUGCAAAGACCCUUUUCCUUCAUCGGCGUUUGCUGUUCUUCCUGCCAGUGCGUGUUGCUUUCACUUACACUUGCCACAGCCAGCCUCUUGAGUGCCUAGCCUAUUGGAUAUCACUGUCACCUACUCAGGACAGUCAUUACCUUUCUAUUAAUACUUUGUUUUUUAAUUUCACAUUAAUUUCCAUAUUGUAUAAACAACUGGAAAAAACUUGAGCCCCUGCCCCUGUAUAAUCAUGUGCACGUCUCUGUUCUAGCUCUAAGGUGAAUCUUCACUGCUCAUGUUCUCCUCAGAAGCAGUCACCUCACUCCCCUCAGGUUACUGUACACAUGCACCAACUGCCUGCUUCAGGUUUGGAUGGAGCUUCAUGGUUGUCUUUUGGAGAAAUGACCAGUCAAGUUGUGUUUGAAAUUUGAUUUUUUUCAGGGGCAAAAGGAGCCUCUGCAUUCUUGUCAAAUAUGUAAAUAGCAUGUUUUUGCAGGUGCUAAAAACCAGACUCUGAGUGUGUGUGUGUGUGUGUGUGUGUGUGUGUGCGUGUGUGUGUGUCUGUGUGUGCGUUCAAGUCACAUGACAUAUUUAACCGGAUGUAGCUGCAAGACGGAGCCUCGUUGACUCCGUUUCAACUUAUCUCAAAAGUGAGGACCUCAACCUAUAUACCAGUUUUUAAAUUGUGUUGAUAGGCCAAAUAAAACCAGAGUUAUGAUAAAUUAUGUCCGCGAUACUUGUUUUCUGCUUAUUUUGAUCACGUUCGGCGCUCGAUCGCGCUGUAUGAGACAGGAAAACAUAGCAUGCAGACAUUAGCGACAGGUCUUACAGGCGGAAAAGGCUUGCCAAAGGAAAAAAAAACACACCACAACAUCUCUCCUAUUGGUGGAAAACUUCACCACAACAACCAAUCCAAAAUUAUAUGGUGACUGAUUGACAAGGGGCGGGCGCUUAUGUUCUUCCUGCAAUAUGAGAAGGGAGGGAGGGACUCUCAGCAGGGAUGCAGUCUGGGACACGUAGUUGCAAACCUAGCGACUUUGUUGUUAGAUUCAAUGACUUUUCAGACCCCCUAACGACUUUUUUUUUAGAAAGAAAGUGACUUUUAUCGACUUCUUCUGGAGUUUAGAGACUCUGACAUGAAGCAGGCUUUCCUUACUGAGGAGUUAGCAACGCUGCUAAGGGUGCAGAGCCACACAUGCGCUCCGAGCUCUGCAUGGGAGACUGAAGCUGACAGAGCUGCAGCAGUUAGCAGGUUUCACCCUCAGAGACCACCAGGGGUUCAUGUUGAGGCAUUUUCAGUUUUUUUUUUUUUUUGCCAUAGACACUGUCAGCACAAUCUGCAGUUACACUAACAAAAAUGCUGCAAAAAACAAAGAAUUAUGGAAAAAUUACACAUGGACUAACAUAGAGGAGGAUCUACACAAGUUUUUUACAUCAUGUUUUACAUCAUGCAUCAUUUACAUCAUGUUUUUUUGUAGUGGCAUAAAUAAAAAGUGACAUUUGUGAGACUAUACAGUGUUUUGUAAAUAAUUUUACAAAGAACGCCUGGGCCAUUGCCUGCAUUUUGAUGUAAAUAGAGGUAAAUUACUAUGUUCUUUGUUAAAAAUUUGCAUAUGUUUUGAAGUUUACAAUUUUUAUUUGAAGUUUAAGUUUUAAAAACAGUUCAUCACACAUAUUUGUGGUUUAAUUUCACAUUAAUUUCCAUAUUGUAUAAAUGACUGGAAAAAACUUGAGCCCCUGCCCCUGUAUAAUCAUGUGCAUGUCCCUGUUCUAGCUCCAAGGUGAAUCUUCACUGCUCAUGUUCUCCUCAGAAGUAGUCACCUCACUCUCCUCAGGUUACUGUACACAUGCACCAACUAUCUGCUUCAGGUUUAGAUGGAGCUUCAUGGUUGUCUUUUGGAGAAAUGAACAGUCAAGUUGUGUUUGAAAUUUGAUUUUUUUCAGGGGCAAAAGGAAGCCUCUGCAUUCUUGUCAAAUAUGUAAAUAGCAUGUUUUUGCAGGUGCUAAAAAACAGACUCUGAGUGUGUGUGUGUGUGUGUGUGUGUGUGUGUGUGUGUGUGUGUGUGUGUGUGUGCGUGUGUGCGUGUGUGUGUGUGUGUCUGUGUGUGUGUCUGUGUGUGUGUAUCCUGCAGUACUCUGAGAAGAAUAAUAAGCAUAUUUCUGAGGUGAAUUUUGAAGAUUCAUCUGAGAGUUAGGUUUGAUUCGAUUCGAUUGACGCUCCCCAGCGUUCAAGUCACAUGACAUAUUGAACCGGAUGUAGCUGCAAUACGGAGCCUCGUUAACUCUCCGUUUCAACUUAUCUCAAAAGUGAGGACCUCAACCUAUAUACCAGUUUUUAAAUUGUGUUGAUAGGCCAAAUAAAACCAGAGUUAUGAUAAAUUAUGUCCGCGAUACUUUUUUUCUGCUUAUUUUGAUCACGUUCGGCGCUCGAUCGCGCUGUAUGAGACAGGAAAACAUAGCAUGCACACAUUAGCGACAGGUCUUACAGGCGGAAAAGGCUUGCCAAAAGAAAAAAAAAACACACCACAACAUCUCUCCUAUUGGUGGAAAACUUCACCACAACAACCAAUCCAAAAUUAUAUGGUGACUGAUUGACAAGGGGAAAACAUAGCAUGCACACAUUAGCGACAGGUCUUACAGGCGGAAAAGGCUUGCCAAAAGAAAAAAAAAAACACACCACAACAUCUCUCCUAUUGGUGGAAAACUUCACCACAACAACCAAUCCAAAAUUAUAUGGUGACUGAUUGACAAGGGGCGGGCGCUUACGUUCUUCCUGCAACAUGAGAAGGGAGGGAGGGACUCUCAGCAGGGAUGCAGUCUGGGACACGUAGUUGCAAACCUAGCGACUUUGUUGUUAGAUUCAAUGACUUUUCAGACCCCCUAACGACUUUUUUUUUGAAAGAAAGGGACUUUUAUCGACUUCUUCUGGAGUUUAGAGACUCUGACAUGAAGCAGGCUUUCCUUACUGAGGAGUUAGCAACGCUGCUAAGGGUGCAGAGCCACACAUGCGCUCCGAGCUCUGCAUGGGAGACUGAAGCUGACAGAGCUGCAGCAGUUAGCAGGUUUCACCCUCAGAGACCACCAGGGGUUCAUGUUGAGGCAUUUUCAGUUUUUGUUUUUUUUGCCAUAGACUGUCAGCACAAUCUGCAGUUACACUAACAAAAAUGCUGCAAAAAACAAAGAAUUAUGGAAAAAUUACACAUGGACUGACAUAGAGGAGGAUCUACACAAGUUUUUUACAUCAUGUUUUACAUCAUGCAUCAUUUACAUCAUGUUUUUUUGUAGUGGCAUAAAUAAAAAGUGACAUUUGUGAGACUAUACAGUCUUUUGUAAAUAAUUUUACAAAGAACGCCUGGGCCAUUGCCUGCAUUUUGAUGUAAAUAGAGGUAAAUUACUAUGUUCUUUGUUAAAAAUUUGCAUAUGUUUUGAAGUUUACAAUUUUUAUUUGAAGUUUAAGUUUUAAAAACAGUUCAUCACACAUAUUUGUGGUUUAAUUUCACAUUAAUUUCCAUAUUGUAUAAAUGACUGGAAAAAACUUGAGCCCCUGCCCCUGUAUAAUCAUGUGCACGUCCCUGUUCUAGCUCCAAGGUGAAUCUUCACUGCUCAUGUUCUCCUCAGAAAUAGUCACCUCACUCCCCUCAGGUUACUGUACACAUGCACCAACUAUCUGCUUCAGGUUUGGAUGGAGCUUCAUGGUUGUCUUUUGGAGAAAUGAACAGUCAAGUUGUGUUUGAAAUCUGAUUUUUUUCAGGGGCAAAAGGAAGCCUCUGCAUUCUUGUCAAAUAUGUAAACAGCAUGUUUUUGCAGGUGCUAAAAAACAGACUCUGAGUGUGUGUGUGUGUGUGUGUGUGUGUGUGUGUGUAUGUGUGUGCAUCCUGCAGUACUCUGUACUCCUGCAGUGGCCAAAAAGACUUUUAAGAAUGUGGAUUUUUGGGUCAUCUUUGGCGCCCCCUAGAACUGCAGUACUCUGUACUCCUGCAGUGGCCAAAAUGACUUUUAAGAAUGUGGAUUUUUGGGUCAUCUUUGGCGCCCCCUAGAACGUAAACCGUGGGGUGCAGCGUCAUGAUUUUUACAACUUUGAAUGGGCAUGGGGUGUAGAUUGCCCUGAGCAAAUUUGGUAUCGGUGGGACGAAAGUCUUAGGAGGAGAUAGCCACAUUCCAAUGUGUGCGAAUCGGCAAAAAAUGCGAAAUAGCCCUUUAACCGUACAUUAUACAGAUACGCGCUUUUUGACUUUUUCGUAGAUCUAAUUGAGAUACACAUGAUUGUCAGUUUUUGUGUCAAUAUGACAAAGCGUUCAGGCGUGACACUCAACAAUGUGUAUUUUCAUGUAAGGGGACAAGAAAAAAAGGACUUUUUUCUCCUGCCAUGGGGGGGCGCUCUUUUGGGGAGUAAAAAUUCCUUCACAAAUGUGUUGAUGGCUGGACAUUGCAUCAUCCUAGAAAACUUGGAGGGCAGUGAGGACAAAAAUAAAAAGUUAUAAGACUUUUAAGAAUGUGGAUUUUGGGUUAUUUUUGGCGCCCCCUAGAACGUAAACCGUGGGGUGCAGCGUCAUGAUUUGUACAACUUUUAAUGGCCAUGGGGGGUAGAUUGGCCUGCGCAAAUGUGGUGCCGGUCGAACGAAAGCCUUCGGAGGAGUUAGCGAAAUUCCAAUGUGUGCAGAUCUGCAAAAAAUGCAAAAUAACCCAUUAACCGUACAUUUGACAGAUACGCCCGCACUGACUUUUUUGUAGAUCUUAUUGAGAUACAUGUGUGUGUCAAUUUUUGUGUCAAUAUGACAAAGCGUACAGGCGUGACAGUCAAUAGUGUGAAUUUUCACCUUAGGGGGCGCUAUGGAGCCAUUUUGCAUUUUCUUGUUUGGGCGACUUCAGAAUAUCGAAUUUUUCACCAGGCCCGGUCGUCCUGCCAAAUUUCAUGAGUUUUCGCCAGUGGGAAGUGGGCCAUUUUCCAGUUUAAAGCGGAGGAAAAAUAAUAAUAAUAACAAAAGAAGAAUCCAUCAGGAACAAGAGGGCUCUCGCAGCUGCUUAGCAGCUACGCUCGGGCCCUAAUAAUAAUAACAAAAGAAGAAUCCAUCAGGAACAAGAGGGCUCUCGCAGCUGCUUAGCAGCUACGCUCGGGCCCUAAUAAUAAUAAUAAUAACAAAAGAAGAAUCCAUCAGGAACAAGAGGGCUCUCGCAGCUGCUUAGCAGCUACGCUCGGGCCCUAAUAAGAAGAAGAAGAAGAAGAAGAAGAAAGAAGAAUCCAUCAGGAAUAAUAGGGCUCUCGCAGCUGCUUAGCAGCUACGCUCGGGCCCUAAAGAAGGAAACAUGCAGGAACAAGAGGGCUCUCGCAGCUGCUUAGCAGCUACGCUCGGGCCCUAAAGAAAGAAAGAAACAAAGAAAAACCACUUGGGGAAUAAUAGGGCUCUCGCAGCUGCUCAGCAGCUACGCUCGGGCCCUAAGAAAGAAACAAAGAAAAACCACUUGGGGAAUAAUAGGGCUCUCGCAGCUGCUUAGCAGCUACGCUCGGGCCCUAAAAACCACUUGGGGAAUAAUAGGGCUCUCGCAGCUGCUUAGCAGCUACGCUCGGGCCCUAAAGAAUCCAUCAGGAACAAGAGGGCUCUCGCAGCUGCUUAGCAGCUACGCUCGGGCCCUAAAGAAAGAAAGAAAGAAGAAAGAAAAACCUAUACAGGAAUAAUAGGGCUCUACGCCCGGCUGCUCUGCAGCUGGCUCGGGCCCUAAAAAGAAACAAAGAAAAACCACUACAGGAAUAACAGGGCCUACGCCCGGCUGCUCUGCAGCUGGCUCGGGCCCUAAUGACAGCAGAGAUCUACAGCUACAAUCGUAGGUCUGCUAUAUCAAAUUUCAUAAAACGAUUUUUCUCUUUGUAUUUUUCAUUUCAGCAAUGAAUCCUCAGCAGGUGGUUGAGAGGUACAAGAAGGUGCUGGGUCACUUCCAGAAGGGCAAAAAUCUAUCUGAGAGCUACAACGCUGUGGACGUCAACAAAAACACCAUUACAACCAGCGCCUCCAUUCCAGAGCUCGCCAUAUCCGCACCGGAUAAAUAUGCUGACGUUCUGCAGGGCUAUUCUAGGUCGCAGAAGCUGAAUGUAUUUGUGCAGGAAUGUUCAAAGGUCCUCAGUGAGGACCCCGAAUUGAUGGCUAAGGUAGAUAAGCUUAAGGAUGAAGGGAAACUACUCCCGAUCUCAAAGAGAACAUAAUCUCCCUUUUUUUUUUCUUUUUCGGAUCACAGUUUUAAGGGCAAGGUCACACCACGCUUUUAUUCUUCCUAGCACUCCAUUUACCUCUUUAAAUACAUUGGCAGAAUCUGUCCUUAUAGGUGGAAUAAAAGUGUGGUGUGACCAUACCUGAAGUAGGUUACCUCCAGUCCAGAUAUUUAAAUUGUUUUAAAGGGUGUGUUGGCUACUUAAAAAAUGGAGGUCCCUCACACUGUCUUCACUCACAGGAGGAGGUUAUUAGGC